AUGAAGACGGGAAACGGAAAGUUCACGUUUCUGCUCUUAGUACUUCUGGCCAUUCACGCCUCGUUGGCUUCACUAGAGGAAGCCCGCACGCCUGUCGUGAACCCGUCGCAGUAUGAAAUCUUUUUGCAAAGAAACGGAGAAGUUCCCGAAGACCAGAGGCGUCAGCACACCGCGGAGGGCAUUCUGGAUGCGGAGAGCAGCGAAGAGGUGGGCGGCCGGCGCGUUCUGGUGGAUACGGGAGUGAAGUUCGGUCUGUCGGCGCCGCCGCUUAACUCGGGGCCGAGCAUGGCGACGGUGAACAUGUCGUUCUACCGCUGGGAGAGCGUCACGCCGCCGCCCGUCGUCGACUGGCGGAAGACCGUCGCCAUGACGGCCAUCCAGACGCACCUAGACUCGUCGCUUCCUUUCCUCAAACCCCUUCCGCAGUGCUCAAGCUGCUGGGCGAUCUCGGCAGUCGAUUCCAUCGCCAUGAUGUGGGCGAUCGCCAACAACAGCACCGGGGCGACUCUGUCGCCGCAGCAGGUGUGCGACUGCGCGACGAAGCAGUGCUGCCAAGGCGGGUGGCCCGAGUGGGCCUUCUACUACGUCCUCUUCAACGGCGGCAUCACGUACAACGUCAGCUACCCCUACUCCGCCGUGGAUUCCGCCACAUGUCUGCUCGACACAACCAUGACGACCGCGGCUCAGAUCACGGGGUGGGAGCUGGUGCCGGCAUUCAACGCCAUGGCGCUCAUGAAGGCCGUCAGCAUGCAGCCCGUCGUCGCCUUCAUCAGCGCCUCCGCCGCCGACUUCACCGCGUACGCAAGCCGCGACACGGUCAACAUCUACAACGGCGUGUGCUCGACGGAGGUGAACCACGCGGUGGUGGUGGUGGGCUUUAACUACACGGGGCCGGACCUCAAAGGCAGCUACUGGAUCAUAAAAAACUCGUGGUAUCCCACGUGGGGCGACAAAGGCUUCAUGUACCUUGCCAUGACGCCCGACGUGCGCGGGAAAUGCGGCAUCCUAUCAACCCCCGCCAUGUACCCCGUCUACUUCCCAUCCGGACAGCAGCCGGCACGCUUUGCGUCCGACAAGCGCGGCAAGUGGAAAAUCACCAAGGUGGACGACCUCUCGUCAUCGCUCUUCUCUACCACUCUCUCCCUUUCAACCAUCACCAACGGCACCUUUAUCAACAAUAUUAUUGCCACCGCGCUGGGUGCAACGUGCGCGGGGAUGAUCAACCCGUGCGGCGGGGGCAGUUGUUACAUCAGCGGCGGAGUUCCGCGGUGCAACUGCGGCGCGAUGUCGAAUAUGGUCGAGACCACCAUCAACUGCACGGGGUGGUACCGGGUGAUGCAGGGCGACACAUGCCCCUCCAUCUGGAAUGGAGCCAACCUCACCAUGUCCAUGUUCCUCUCAAUCAACCCGGGCGUUCAGCCCUCUCCCCCCUGCCUGCCCGGGUACCGCCUGGGUCCUUGCUUGCACCACUCUCUACUCUACCUCUCCAGCCCUCUGCACCUCUCUCUGCCUUGCGAUUCCCUCUCUUCCAUUUGCACCGCCAGCCUCCUUACCUCUUUCUCCCUUGCCAUUUCUCCUCCCCGCAGUGCCAGGCGCCCUAUCUGGUGGUGGGCCAGCAGGUCUGCAUUGACUCACCCCUCCUAA